CUGGCCAGGGGGGGACGAGUCCAUCGAGUGGCUCACAGUUUCCCGUCGGAGACAGCAGCUUGCACACUGAUGGGGAGCUUCAGGGUCAUGCCGAGAUGUCAGGGAGCCCCGGUUUGCUGAAGGAGAGCAGGGCAGGCGAUGGGGAGCCUGGAGGAGACACUGGUUACCCUCACAGGGGGUGCGCCCUGGGGAUUCAGGCUGCAAGGAGGGUCCCAGCAACACCAACCGCUGCAAGUAGCCAAGGUCCGGAAGCGAGGCAAAGCAUGUCGGGCUGGACUGCGCGAAAAUGAUCUCCUGUUAACUAUCAAUGGGAAAUCCUGCAACGGAAUAUCACACAGAGAUGCUAUGAACAUCAUUGACUCUUCCAACGGAACCUUGCACAUCAGGGUUAAGAGAGUUGCCAGCAGCUUAGAGCCAGAGUCCAGCCUCCAGGUCACCUCCCCCUGCUCCCGGAGCCUGGAAUCUUCAAAAGCCGGUGUCCGAGCCCCGGAGCCCCGCACUCCGAGCUACAAAGCCGAGAGCCGGGGCCAGCGGCGGAACUACACCUCUCCGGCUGACAGCGAGGCUUAUUACGGCGAGACUGACAGCGACGCGGAUUACACCGCAGCGGAGAAGCAGCGGAGGCAGAGGCGGAAAUGCCCCGGAGCCGCCCCCCGCCUCAGUGAGCCUCCGGCUAGCUCGGCGGAUGAGACCUCGGAGCUCAGCGAGUACGACAGCGCCCCUGAGCCGCCCCUAGGGGCACAGCAAGAUCCCAGAGGUGGGCACCUCCCCCUGGACCCUCAGGCCAGCUUCAGCAGGCAGCUCAUGUUCCAGCCCAGGAGAGUGGAAGCCAAGGUCAACAUCUGGCAGCCCAAGCUGGAGGGGGCAGCCCCGCGGCCCGCGCCUGGCACCGUGGCCGAGACCAGGCUCAGUGCCGGCCAGAACCCUAGCACCGGCUGCCCCUGGCCUGCCCAAGCCAGCGCGGAGGACACCGCCAACCGACACGGCGUCCUGGGCACAUCGGAGGCUGACAGCGGGUUCCAGGAGGCACCUGCCCACACCGCGUCCCCAGAACAGAAGCUGCUGCCCACUCCAAGCCAGCCCAGCCUGAAAGACACACAACUGGUCCCCAUGGUGGGGCCCGUGAGCAAUCCAGUGGCUGAAAUCCUGACCACUACUUACAAAGAGAAGGCCAAACAAGCCAAGCUUCAUCGCAGUGAGAGUAUGCAGGAAAAGCAAGUGAAAGAAGCCAGGACAAAAUGCAAGACCAUCGCAUCUCUGCUUACCUCUGCGCCCAAUCCUCACUCAAAGGGAGUACUUAUGUUUAAGAAACGUCGACAAAGAGCAAAAAAAUACACCCUGGUUAGUUAUGGAAGUGUGGACGAGGAAAAGCAGAAUAUUGAUGAGGAUGGAGAAUUGCUGCCGACUAGUGAGUCUGAGUUUGAUGAAGAGGCAUUUUCUGAUGCAAAAAGCUUAACGAAUCAGUCAACAGGAUCAGAUUGGGAUGGUUCUUACCUGGACAUGGAAAAGUCCAAAUCUGAGUCCCAGGGUUUAACUGAAACCAAGGGGAAGGGUGUGAUGCUAUUUGAACACCAGAGACAACGAGCAGGGGAAUAUAUGGUGGAGGAGUCUCCUAAUCAGAGGCAACACAGUCUCCAAAUGAAACCAAACUCAGAGGCCGAAAUGAGGAAUUACAAUCUGAUGAAUGGAGAGAGUACCUGGCCCAGCAAUUCAAAUGCAUGCAGUGGAACACCUACCUCUGAAACUUUAAAAAACUAUGCAGAAAUGAACCUUUCUGCUGCAGAGUCCUCAUUACAGGUGAGGAGACCCAAAGAACAGCAUCAUACACAGCACUUUUCACCAGGUACCUCCUUCCUAUCCAGCGUAACAAAUAGGACUGCGAGGCCAUUCACUCCAGGAUUUCAGCAAAGCCGAGCAGCACCAACGUAUUCUGUCUCUGCCCCAAUUUUAUUCAGGAAAAGUGCAGUUCCUGCGAUGUCUUGGGAUCAAGAUACCGGGCAAAACAAACACGCAAUGCCUUUCACACCGCCAUCAGAGUUAGUCUCUUCACCAACUGUGAAUCCUAAAACCCAACCUGUGACAGCAAAGGAAACUGGAGCCCCGAAAAGAAUGGCUCUUCCUUAUUCACCAGGGCCUAUGGUGAUGACAUCAUCAGCAGUCACAUCACCACCACCUGCUGUGACAUCACCACCACCACAAUCUGUGAUGCCACCACCCGCGACCAUGAUGUCACCACCUCCAGCCGUGAUGUCACCACCAAAUGUGACAUCACCACCCCCACCCUUGACAUCAGCACCCCCAAUUGUGAUGUCACCACCUCCGGCCAUGAUGUCACAGCCCCACGUGACAUCACCGCCUCUCACCAUGAUGUCACCACCACCUACAGCAGUACCAUCUUCACUGCCAUCUUCACCACCCCAGGCUGCAGUCACCAGCACUGCGAACAUCCAACUUUCUUCGGCAUUGUCCCCACAGAAGGAGAAUGAGCCCAAUGCUGCUAUUAAUGCAAACUUCCAGGCUCCCUCCAUUGGUGGUACCUCAUCAACAGUUUGGCCAACCAAUCCACAAUCAGAGAAUCUGGCUACUAGAGAGCAAAGAAUUGCAGUCCCUGCCUCUAAAACUGGCAUCUUGCAGGAAGCUCGGAGGAGAAGCACAAGGAAGCCAAUGUUUACAAAGACCGAACAGAUAAAACCUUCACCAAACCCCGAACUUCUUUCUUUGGUUCAAAACUUAGAUGAAAAGAAACCAGAUCAUUCAGGGGCUGGAUUUGAGUCAGGCCCUGAAGAAGACUUUCUGAGUCUUGGUGCUGAAGCAUCAAAUUUUAUGCAGUCCCAGGUGCGUAGGCAAAAGGUCCCCCCUCCUGUUGCACCAAAACCUUCCUUAAAGCCCCAGUUAACAGGCAAUGGUUCUCCACUUGUGAAUGGAAAUCCUACACCUGGGUCACUCCAAUCGAAAGGAAAGGGGGCUGAACUCUUUGCUAAGCGGCAAAGCCGUAUGGAUAAGUUUAUUGUGGAGUCGGUUCCUAAUUACACUUCACAGGCAAGAGGGCCAUCUCCCACUCCUUCACUUCCCUCUACAUGGAAAUAUUCUCCGAAUAUCCGGGCCCCACCUCCUAUUGGCUACAACCCCAUGCAUUCCCCAUCAUAUCCACCAGCAGCUAGCAGAUCACAUGGAGCAAUAUCAACCACCAAGCCUGAAAGAAAGUGGAAACCAGCAGGGAACCAAAAGGUAGGAAUACAAGCCAUUGAUUUCAUGAGACAUCAGCCUUAUCAAUUAAACCCAGCCAUGUUCAGCUUUGAUGAAUCCAAAAUAGGGACACCAAGCUUACCAAGAAAUGCUCCAUUGAGACAAACUGGUCAACAAUCCUUCAUCUCAACAAAACAGGUUCCUGUGAAGACGACGAGAGCCUGUGAGAUUCGUCGUUUCUCAACACCAUUGCCUACUGUUACUCCCACAGUUAUUGCCCCAAGAUCAGCCACAACACUUGCUGAGCCAGUUUGGAUGUCCAGCCCUCCUUCCCCACCACCAACACCAGUCAAAAUAUCCAGUUUCAAUAUACCAGCUCCUCAAACCUCCAAACUAAACACAAAGGCAGCAGAAGGAAGGCAGCAAGUAACCUAUGAAACUUCAGUGCUUAAUUUGUCAUCUAAGGAAGACAUUCAAAUCCCAAAGAAAACAACACAUCAUGCCCCAAGGCCGAGGUUCUCAGCUGUAAGAGGUGGAAUGAGUUCUCACACAUGGAGACCUGGGUCAUUCUAGAAAUAAAAUAUGUUUACAGUUAUCAUGAUUCUGAGUGACAGUCAAAAGACUCUUUCACAUCAACAGGUCUUGCAUCUCAAAAUGGAAGGAAUUACUCGUAUUUAUGUAGCACUAUUCAUGACCCAGGCUGCCUCAAAGUGCCUUUUCACCAAUGAAAUAAUUUUCAAAUUAUAGUCACUGUUGCAACAGAGGAGACGCUGCAGCCAAUCUGCACGGUUAACUUCCACAAACAGCAAUGAAAUAAAUGGUCAGAUCGUCUGUUUUUGAUGUUGGUUGAGGGACAUACUUAGUUCAAACACCAGCUCUAAUUCUCUGCUCUUUUAAAAGUGCCAUGUGAGAUUUUACAUCCCCUUGAGGGGGUUUGUUUUAUCGCCUUAUCUGAAAGACAGUGCCUGUAGUCUACAUGGAUUCAGUUCUCAACUCAUGACACAAGUUUGUGUCAAAGAUGCAACUUGCUGAGCUACAGCUGACCCCAAGGAAACACUAUUGUACAUUUGAGUACUUUAACUCAUCAACAUAAAGCCAUGCAAAGAGAUUAACUACAUGCUGCUGAGUCAGGGAGAAAAAUGGCUUGUAAUUUGCACAUUGUUUUUGGAUAAUAUGGAGCAUCGUGCUUCUCUUUUUUAAAAGCAUCAGCGUGAAUUAAUAUUACACUGAGGUCCCAGUGCAUUGUCAUUAUUUAGUAGAUCUUUCCAUAGAUUUCUGAUCAAUAAACCAUGACCAUCUAAAGUUGAACAGACUUGAUCAUGAGCUCAAGGCAAUGAUAUCAUCCUGAGUACAUCAUGGAAUCCAUCUCCCUCUUUUACUAUUGGCAGGAUUUCUACCUAACACCGCAGCAUUGCUAUAUUUUUGAAGGAUCCUCAUUAAAAACAGGUGCAGUGCCUUAUUCUAUUGUGUGACAUAUUAAGUAUGUUUUGGAGGAAUCCUUGAAUUUGAAUUGGCUAAUGACAGUUACCAUGAGGAUCAGCUCACAUAAAGAUGUUCCAAUAUAUCAGUUAUAAACUGUCACACUAAUAAUUCUAAGCAUCCCAUCAAUAGCUUUGGAUCAUUACUGUCAUAUAGUAUGCUGUAGUGGUGACAAUCAUUUGGUGAAAAAGUAUCAGAGGAGAAACUCCUGGAGACUCCUGGGAAUAAAAUAAUGAUAGAAUUGAGUAACUGGAGAUGCUGGGAUGUAUCUACUGUAAGGCAAAGACCUACAUUAUUCCAAGUAUUAUCUCAAUGUAUUGUCCAUUUAGGCUCCUGUUUCCAAUGUUUAAUAUUUCACAUCAGCAGCCAAAGUAGGAAAAAUGACUGCAUUGACAAUGAUAUGACAUCUCCAAAUGACAGUGUUGAGCCUGUACUUAUUAAUUGUGCUCAUGAUGUUUAGUACCAACUGCUACAAUAUUUUAACACAUGCACGGGAUGUCCAAUGCAGGCACCUUUUGAUGCUGUCUAAUUGGAGCAAAGACCACCAUUGGACUCUGAGCCAUCUGACCAGAUGUAACACCAAGCUGAACGACAGUGCAGCACAACUCAUCAAUUCCACUGUGUCAAACAAUAGGAGUCACUUCAUUGUGUGAAACGUUUUGAGGCAUUUCAGUAGGGAAAAUGCUAGAUUCAUACAAGUGUGCUAUUCAUUAAAACCAAAUGAUUUGUCCUGAAUUAUCUUCAGGAGUGGCUUUAGCUUUGUUAAAUACUGAAUAUGAACUGCAGAUCUCGUUAGAGGAAAACAAACUCGCUCUUGAAAUAAACUGCUUUCUGAGAGAAUAUGACAGGAGUGUGAAUAUGAAAUAUUCUUGACUGACAAAAAUGAAUGCUUGUGUACCUUCCAUAUUCCUUGUAUUAAUUAUUGAGAUUAACAAGAAAAAUGUGGAUAGAAUGGCAGGCAAUCAGUGACACUGGACAGAAAUGAUAGAGGAUUGACACGAAAUGUUGGAAAGAUUGGGUCAGAUGCGAUGUUGUUUCUGUAUGUGCUGAAGGAAGCAGAGUAAAUGGAGUCUGAGAAGAUUCAAUGAUCUGUGCUGGUUUGAGCUAAUAAGUCUAAUAUUGCAAGGGUAAUUAAUUUGCAAUAUUUUCUUCACAAUAUGGUUAUGACUUACUGACCAAUCACUGAGCUCCUGAAGAACUUGUAACAUUCAGUAGUGAAAAUCUUGACUUUUAUUUGGCAUUUCAAGAAAGCACCCAAGUGCCUUAAUAAUUAAUGUUGCCAAAGUAUGAGUUCAUCUGCUUUAGAAAAAUAUUUAGGUUUUGGAAUGGAAAGUUUCAGUUUGGUUUGUAAUAUUGAUCCAAACUGAAGAGUUGAUUUUUUUUUGCAGUGUGAAAUUGCUGAAGUUUGUAAACCCUACCUCUCACAUAAUUUCAUCUUUUCAUCACCACAAUCGUGUAUUUAGCUUUGUAGAAACAGCACUCAGGAGACUGACAUUAACAUUUUCAAACAAAAUUAUGCUACUUGCCCACUUUGCACAUUUGACUGUGCAUAAAACCCUUAACAGUGAUAAUUGUACCAAACUACCAAGUAAUUCUAAUUCAAUCUAUGACUCUGUAAGAUGCAGCAAAUCCAAAAUAAAAGCAGAAAUUACUGUAAAUGCUUCACAAUCAAGAGUGUG